UUUAAUGCUGAUGAAACUGGACUUUUUUACAAAUUAAUGCCGGAUAAAACUUUAAAAAGUAAAGGUGAAAAUUGUAGUGAAGGUAAGUUGUCGAAAGAUAGAAUAACUGUCAUGGUAGCAGCUAAUAUGAGUGGCACAGAGAAAAAGAAAUUGCUCAUUAUUGGAAAGUCACAAAAACUAAGAUGUUUUAGAAGUGUCAAAUCAUUACCUGUCGAUUAUGCUAACAAUCGUAAAGCUUGGAUGACGUCAGAACUUUUUGAAAAAUGGCUUCGUGAUUGGGAUCGUGAUUUGGUGAAGAAGAAGAAAAAGAUUUUAUUGCUGGUUGAUAAUUGCCCGGCGCAUCCAAAUGUUACUGAUUUAAAGUCUAUAACACUUGCUUUCCUUCCGCCGAAUAAAACAUCAGUACUACAGCCAAUGGAUCAGGGAAUAAUACGAUCACUCAAACCGAAUUUUAGGAAGAACCUUGUGCUCAAAAUGAUUAACUGUCUUGAUGCUAAUGAAAAUAACUCUUCUACAAAAAUAACGGUGCUAGAUGCAAUUCUGAUGGUUAAUGAUGCCUGGAAUAAAAUGUCACAAAGUACCAUUCGUACCUGUUUCAAACAUGCAGGAUUCAUUGAAAGCCACGACGGUUUACCUAUUCAAAUAUCAGAACUUGAAUUCGAUGAAGAAAAUGACAUUCCUUUAUCUUUGUGGUCACGAAACCUAAAUUCAGAUUCUUUAGCAGCACCGGAAAUGUGGGAAGAUUAUGUUAACGUCGGUAGCGCUCUCCUCACAUCCGAAGAACCCACCGAUGAAAAUAUCGUACAGAACAUUAGUGCUAAGAAACAACUCGAAAGUGAUGGGGAAGAGGAAGUCGAGGAAGAACCAUUACCUACCGCAGAAGAGGCAUUAAAAGCUGCAGAAUUAUUAUCACGAUUUGUUCACAGCAAUAUUGAAAAUGAUAAUUUGACCAUAGCUAUGUCUUCUAUACACAAUAGUAUUAGAGACUGUUUUUAUAAUAAAAUGAAAAAACAAAAGCAGACAAAAAUUACAGAUUACUUACAGUAAAAAAUACACUUGUAUGCGUUAUAAUGUGCUGAUUAUGUGCAAUUUUGAUUUUAAUUUAAUAUGUAUGUAUACAUAUUUAAUUACUAUGUUUCUGUUUUAAAAUACUUAAGUACAUACAUAUUUACAUAAAAAUAGUUUUUCAUAUCAUGAAACGCUUUUUAUGACGUCCGCUUAUUAUGACGUGUUUGUCAAUUCCUUUCGAUGUCAUAAUAAACGGAUUGUACUGUAUUAAUAUACGUAUCAUGUUUUCUGGAUACUAAAGGGUGAUUUUUUAAGAGCUUGAUAACUUUUUUAAAAAAAAAAACGCAUAAAAUUUGCAAAAUCUCAUCGGUUCUUUAUUUGAAACGUUAGAUUGGUUCAUGACAUUUACUUUUUGAAGAUAAUUUCAUUUAAAUGUUGACCGCGGCUGCGUCUUAGGUGGUCCAUUCGGAAAGUCCAAUUUUGGGCAACUUUUUCGAGCAUUUCGGCCGGAAUAGCCCGAAUUUCUUCGGAAAUGUUGUCUUCCAAAGCUGGAAUAGUUGCUGGCUUAUUUCUGUAGACUUUAGACUUGACGUAGCCCCACAAAAAAUAGUCUAAAGGCGUUAAAUCGCAUGAUCUUGGUGGCCAACUUACGGGUCCAUUUCUUGAGAUGAAUUGUUGUCCGAAGUUUUCCCUCAAAAUGGCCAUAGAAUCGCGAGCUGUGUGGCAUGUAGCGCCAUCUUGUUGAAACCACAUGUCAACCAAGUUCAGUUCUUCCAUUUUUGGCAACAAAAAGUUUGUUAGCAUCGAACGAUAGCGAUCGCCAUUCACCGUAACGUUGCGUCCAACAGCAUCUUUGAAAAAAUACGGUCCAAUGAUUCCACCAGCGUACAAACCACACCAAACAGUGCAUUUUUCGGGAUGCAUGGGCAGUUCUUGAACGGCUUCUGGUUGCUCUUCACCCCAAAUGCGGCAAUUUUGCUUAUUUACGUAGCCAUUCAACCAGAAAUGAGCCUCAUCGCUGAACAAAACACGCGCGCGAAACACAUUUCGAACCGAACACUGAUUUUGGUAAUAAAAUUCAAUGAUUUGCAAGCGUUGCUCGUUAGUAAGUCUAUUCAUGAUGAAAUGUCAAAGCAUACUGAGCAUCUUUCUCUUUGACACCAUGUCUGAAAUCCCACGUGAUCUGUCAAAUACUAAUGCAUGAAAAUCCUAACCUCAAAAAAAUCACCCGUUAUU